AUGCACACCAAUGUUGUUUCCUUAGAUACAUACGCUUUGUGUACCACUUUGACCGCUUCAUCUAAACUCCAACACUUCAAUUUUGGAAAACGGAUACAUGCCCACGUGACCAAAUCUGGUUUCUUUUCUAGUGUCUUUGUCGCUUCUGCUCUUAUUCAUUAUUACUCUAAAUCCAUUAAUGUGAAAGAUGCAGCUCUCGUGUUUGAUGAAAUUCCUGACAAGAAUACUGUCUGUGCAAAUGCACUUUUGUCUGGUUAUUCUCAGGCUGGGCUAUGGAUUAAGGGAGUCCAAUUGCUGCAUAGUCUUUUGCUCCGUACUAUGCCUGAUAUAGAGAGUGAUGUGUUUAUGCAGAGUGCCUUGGUUCAGAUGUAUGGAAAAUGUGGAAUGGUAGAGAAGGCUAGGCUGGUUUUCAAGUUGGAUGGAAUGGAGAUUCAAAAUGAAACAACUAGUGACCUUGUGUUAUGGACUUCGAUGCUUGGUGUGUAUGGUAAAAAUGGGCGUUAUAAGGAAGUGAUUGAUUUGUAUAGGGAAAUGUUGCAUGAAGGAAUCAAACCUGAUGGAAUCAUUUAA